CUCAAACAAAGGUGUGGUGAGGGCUGGUGGGUGGUGGGACUCCAAACGUCCUCCUGUGCUCAUGGGCAGGGCAGGGACUGGCCUGGCACUUGUCUCAGAGGAACUUCUGCACUCCCAGCUGGUGCCAGGGAGCUGGUGCCUGCGGAUGGCUCAGCCCUGGGAAGGAGCAGCGAAUGCGACGUUUGGUGCUGAGAUCUUUCUCCCAACUUCUUUUGGAAGUGGCUUUUGGGAUUAGCCACUGUAGAAAGGCUGGAGCCCAGCCACAGAUGAGCUCUAAAGGGCUUCUCUAGGUGCUUUUGCACAGCUUUGAAGUGGAGAUUUUGUUCCAUGCAUGGACAAGGCUUCAGAAGACUCAGAUAUCAAGUAAGCAGAGCUCUAGCACAUCUGGAAGAUGGAUAACAGGUUUGCAUCUGGAGAAUCGGGUCCUCUGGCUGAUGUGGCCCUGGCUUGGCAGAGCCUUCAGAAAGCCAAAGCAGUGCUACAAAGGAUUGAAAACAAAUGUUAUCAUCAAACGUGGAGUUGUGCCAAAUCACAGGCAGCCAGAAGAAAGCUUUGGCAAGGAAAAAGCUUUGAUGUCAAGAGGAACGGAGAUGAAACAGCUUUGAAUGAGAGGAAGAGCAAUGAGAUUCCUCCAGCCCGCAGAAAGGGAAGCUGUGCUGCUGUCUCCCCUGCUUGGCCACAGACCUGUUCCCUUGAGCGCCCCACCAUGAGCUCUGGCCCGUCCAGAAUGUCCCCUCUGUCCCCCAGCAGAGGCUCACGCUCAGCGCCUUGCAGCCCUGUGGAUGGAGAAGGCACAGCUGGGACAUGGUCUCCUGCAAAGAGUCUGUACAAACCAAGAAGGGACAGUUUCAGGGAAAAGGCAGAUUCAAGAAGUCACACAGCACAAAAGGAAAAAUCUCCCUGCUCUCUGCAUCACCCACCUCGUUCCCUUGCAGAGAGCAGCCCGUGCUCAGCUGUCCCACCAGAGAAACACUCCGAUGCCCACAGCACGUUCCCUCCACUCCACCUUCCAUCAGCCAGCAAGCCCAGCGAUAAGAAGCUGGGAGAGUUGUGGAAAAAAUCACCCCAAAGGAAGUUAGAGCAACUCAAGAAAAGAAUCCAGGAGCAGAAGCAAAAGCAGCAAGCAACAUCGCAGAAGUGCCUGAUUUCUGCCUGUGCUCAAGAGCCACUGCAGAAAAGAGCCGUGAAGAGAAAGGUGUGCAGAGCGGGGUCUGCACCUCCUGCUCCAGCUUACAGAGCGUUUGGUGCCGUGAACCUGAGAUCUGCUCCCCGCUUGCCUGGUGAAGAGCACAGAACCCCACGCAGAGAAGCGUUCGCCAUCCCUGGACAAGGGAGGGAUCAUAAAAAGGCCCCCAAGACCCCAGGUGAGAAGCCACCCGGUGCUUCUGCAUGGAGAGAAGGUCAGAAGUUAGCUAGAAAGUUGCUUGGGCCACCCCCUACAUUUCCAAAUCUGAGGAGCACAACUGAAGAGCAGAUCACAGCAAAUACCUUGGAACCUGGUAGAGGAUUUGUAGCAGUGCCAGAGAUGGAAAAGAGCCACAGAGAAAAGGGAAACCAACCUGUGAGGAGAAGCCCUGAAUACCAAAGCUGCUUGAUUCCCCACAGCAAACAUAUUGAAAUGGGCGGCAACACACCAACCAAGGACUCAAAACAAAUACUCAGGAACCUACACUUGCAAAGCCAGUAUCGUGAUGAACAUAAACGUACCAGGUUCCCAAAGGAUACUGUGGAAGGAAAGGUAGAAGUUCUACAGCAAUACCUAAGGAUCCAUUCUCCUUCACCUGGACCUCAGGGCAGAACUCCCUCUGCCUUCAAUGGGGAAGAGAUCCAAUCUUCAUUAAUGAAAGAUGGAGCCAAGCCCAGCACCUCAGGAAACCGCAGCAGAGGAAAAAGCACAUCUCCUCAGAGACAGAAAGGCUCAAGCAGCCCUGCACAGAAAGGGUCUGGGAAAGAAAACCUUAAGCACCCUUCAAAGAGGAGGGUAAACCUUAAAAAAGCUCACCCCUACAGUUCUGAAGUUGUUCAGGAAUUUAUGUAUCGAAAGAAUGAAGAAAGAAAGAAAAAAAACCUAGAAGAGAAAAAGUCUCUGGUGCAGGCCAUGGAGCUGAGAAAUAAGAGACUGCAAGAAGUGUACAGGAAACAGAAAGCAGCUGUUGGAAAGAAAACGUGUUCUGACCAGAUACACAAGCUCAUCAGGGAAACUACUUCUGCAAAAGAAAGUCCUCCGUGUAAACUGGAGCAGGAGCAAACCAGUGGCGGAAUCCUGGAGAGGAGUUUCACAGCCUGGGUGGAUAAAACAUCCUGUACUCUGCUAAGUAAAGACCACAGAGGCAGGAAUCAACUUCUAGAUACGCUUCAGGCACCUAAGAAAAGAGCAGCAUCAGCUUCUCCAGCACCGCUGGAAUCUGAAUGCUGGUUUCUCAGUCCUCUGAAAUGCAAAGGCUUGAGGGACUGCUCUCCCCCAGCUCUGCAUGCACCCCCCCUGAGCUUUUCCCUUCCUCAGAAAGAGCCUUACUCCAAGGACUCGAUUUCUGGGCUUUCUCCAUAUAGAAGUAAACAGGAUCGAGUGAAAGCCAUACACAGUCUAUGCAAGGAACUUGCAGAAAAGAUUGAGAUGGCAACUAAGAGACUGAGUGGAGCAAGUAUGGUUAAAGACUCUGCUGACAAAACAUCGAGAGAGACAACUUCGGACCUUUUCAAUGAGUCAUCUUCUAUUCCAGAGCCUGAGAUAUCCAAGGACAAGCAAGACAGGACAAUGACUAUACAAAUGCUUCUGGACACCCCAGAUCCUGAUGUGCUCCAUGUGUCAUCAGGCAGGGGAUUUAAUGGACUGGGCAGGAUUAGCCUUGCAGGCAGCACUGAGGGAGCAACAGCCCUGGACAGACAGAAGGAAAAGCCCACUCCUUUGGCUGGUGGGAGUGAAGAAUUACCAUGGAUCACUCAUAGCGCAGGGCUGAGGCAUCUCAACACCAGGAAAGACCUGAGCAACACGUUGCAAGGUUUUCCUGUGAAUAAGGACUCCAAGAUGGACAUAAGUCUAUUGCACGAAAAGCCAAUAACUGGCCUGGCCUCUCCAUCUCGCAGAUUCUUCACAGGAAGUGCGCAGACAGAACUCACAGCUCAGAGGAAUCACCACCGGUGUGAGACUGUUUUCAAAGUUCAGAAUCAAGAGGAAGGUGCCAAUCGGUCUCCCAGAGAGAGCCCGAGGACACGGGACAGCCUGAGGUCACAUCCCUCUGCCACCCUGAGCCCUGGAGCUGAGACUCCGUACGGCUGCAAGCAGGACUUUGUUUCUGCAGGUGAGGGAGAUCCUAACUGCACAGCACUGGAAGAGAAACACAGGAGUCACCUGGACAACUUAAGGCAAACCUCCCUCCUACUGACUCACAAACUGAAGCAGGCCCAUCAGCUCCAGCAGGAGCAGCAGCUCACAGUGCUGAGGGAGAAAGCAAAGCUAGAGGUUCAAGAAAACCAGAGAUUUUUGAGUGACUUGCUUCAGCACAACUCAGAGGGCUGCAGUAGCUCCAGAGGUGGUUAUUCCGUGGCAAGACUGGAUCAUGCAGAGCAAAUGCGGACACGACACCAGCUGGAAGGUGGCAACAUCGCUGGCAGUAAUCAAGAAACCUAUUCACUGAAGCAAUCUGCAUUGAAGACAGGAAGAGAUCACAAUCUAGCUGAUCCCAAAAUAGCUGCAGAAAGAAAACCACUGGGAGGAAGGAGUUCAUAUUGCUCAGUGCUUCAAGAAGCAGAGCACGGGGAGCCGCUGCAUGGCCAUCAAACUUGGACUCUGUUGCCACCUCCAGUGAAUGUCCAUGGGGAGACCUGUGCAGGGGACGACUCUGGAGAGAGCAGCGAACAGGCCAGCUCUGACAGCCAGUGGAGCAAGGUUGGCCGGCACUAUGGAGGCUCCAGAACCUUCUGCCGUUUCAGCUUGGCCAUGGUGGAGCAGUGUCUGAGGGGAGAAGAGCUGCGAGCUCGACACCAGGCUGCCCUCCUCGAGCUCCGCAGAAAAGCCCUCCGGGAGAAAGCCAGGGCCGAGCUGGCCUGGCUGGGCCACCAGAAACGCUGUCUGGAAAACCUGCAAGACAGUAAGGGAGCGUCUGCCAUGGCUGUAAAGCAGCACAAAAUCCUGAGGGAGCUGAAACAGGAGCAGGCAGAAAUCCGGCACCUGCAAAACAUCUACAGGGCGGCCCAUCAAGAAAGAAAGCUCUUAUUAAAGCAGCAAAGAGAAAUCUUAAUGAUGAGGCAUUCAACAGCGCAGCUACAGGGAAAGCUGCAUAAUUUGGCUGGGAAGCAAGAGGUUAUUAAGUCACAGUCACUAGAUGUUUCGCUUACAAGGAGCCCAGCAACUGAAGAAACAAUCAAGCUGAACACAAUGAGACUUAUUUCUAGCCCAAAGUUCUUCUCAUCCUCAGCAGAGUCUACAGCCCACACAGAAACACCUGAUCUGUCAGGGAAUAGGGAGAGCUGUGUCCAGCUGAAGAAUAAGCAAAGCAAGAAAUAUGAGGGCUUUUCUACUGAGAACAAGAAAACUCUGGCACAACACCAGGAGCAGGCAGAGGAGUCCCCAGGUUUGGAGCAGCCUCUUGGUGUGCAAUGUCCUUGUGUGUCUGAGAUGGUGACCAAGACAGUGCGUGGUGCUACCAGUCAAACCACAGGCUCAGUCUCUAUGGGUAAAGAUUACAAAAACACAGAGCUUAAUGCUCAGGGUGGUGUCUUAUUCCCUCUGGAACAUGCAAACUCAGCUAGAUUGGAUGACCCUAUAUCCACACCCGCUUCAAGAGGAAGCACGAAGUGUGUGUUUCUGGAAUCUGUGCUGAAUGAAAAGGCAUUGAUUUCAAGCCCAAAGGCAGAUCCUAAAGACAAUGAAGAUAUUAAUCCAUGUGACAGCAAGUUCACAGUGGAAGGCUUGGAGAUGCUUUCUACUUUGUGUAACUUACACCUGGUUCAGGCAGAAAAUACUCUUCAAGGAACUGGUGAUGCUACAUCAUCCUUAGAAGAUGUACAGAAAGAAUCUCUGAUAGGAGGGAAAGCACCCAAGGAGCAUUUGGAUGGUGUUUCCCAUGAAGCUUCUGAUGAAGAACUAAAUUUAAAAGCAUUUUCUGAAGGAUUAGCUUCCACUGAAUCAUCAUCCAAGUCAAACCACUUCUCUCUGAGAUGUGAGAGUGCCAAAUCAGGUUCUUCACUCCCAGAAUUUCAGAAAGUGUCUGCAGUUUGGAUUGACAUUUCAGAAAGCUCCAUUUCAGACUCUGAAUUAGAGCUGAAAAACGCAGAGGACACAGAUGUCAGUAUCCCAGAAGAGUUUGAUGACAAUGGUGAUGUGUUUCACAAUGUUUCAAAAGAGAUGCUAAUAGCAGUAAGUAAUGGAAAGGAAAUGUUACCUAGUGACAAACACGAUGAACCUGAGGUGCCUGAAGAUGACAGCACCAGGACUUCAUCGCACUCCCAGAAAUACCCUGCUGACGUUUCAGAUCAUGGUUGCGCUGAUCAUUUGCUUCCUUCUGUUCCCUCAGACAAAGCAAAAGCCACUGAAACAAAGUCAGGAGAUUCUUCCCAGUCUGAUAACCCUGCUAAGGGAACAGAUGAGCCACAUCUGGAUGCCUCAGAAAGCUACAGCAGAAACAAAACCAGUUCUCAGGAGAUCACAAAACAGGGUAAAGAGACAGUUGCCAGGUCUUCAUGCAGUGAUGAUAUUUACUCACCUAAGAUCUAUGGACAGCAGCAACCUAGUUCUACAACUAGCAGGGUGAAAAGGGAUGAUGGAAUUAACAGUGUAUUUGUGGAUCAAAAUAGAGACCUACUGGGGUUUCCACUGAUGGGUUCUCUGAAACAUCUGGAUUCUGUUACUGACCAACUUAGGAACCCUGUGUCUCUUCCACCUGACAAAGACAUUACAAAUAGCAAAUUAUUAGCAUGUCCAUCUUCAAGAAACCUGUCAGUUUCAGGAGGUGAAAAUAACCAUGCACAGCUUUUGAAUGAGAGACUCACAUCCAGCAAACACGAUGAGAUUGAAUCUCUGCCCACAUCCAUGUCAGGAAUUUCUGAGGAAGUCCAUACAGAGAAUAAUUCAUUUGAAUCUUUGCAAAGGGUGGCUACAGAAAAUCAAAAUGACUCAACAACUGAAAAGCAAGCCAUAAAGGAAGCAGGGGAGGGAAUGUUUUCUUCCAUCUCCUCAAAAAAGCAAUUGUUUCAAGCCGAGAAGUGCUCUUCCAAAGGUGAUGAUACAAUUUUUAUUAGUGAUGAGGGUCUUCCUCCAACUGCUGAGGAUACCUUGUCAGAAAUACUGUCUCCUGUUGAUGAAGUAUUGUCCUAUGGAAGUGCUGACUUGCCAUCCUCUAAUAAAAAGGAUUUGUCAUUUCCAAGUGAAGAUCUUCCUCCUGCCCCUUUAGGUGCAGAUGCAAUGAAAAAUGAUGAUUCUACCUUCAGUAUGGAUGAUUUCCCAUCUCCACCAGAACAAAUGACAGUCUCAGAGAGUAGACCGUGUAUGGAUGAAGAUAUAUCACUGCAAAUGGAUGCAUUACCCCCAUUACCUGAUAACGCUGUGCCUGAAGAAUUUCCCCUGCUCGAUAGAGGGACAACUGAUGCCUUUUCAACUCAGGAUGGUAGUGUCUCAGAACAGCCUUUAACUAAAGAUGUUUUCAGUGUGAAGGAAGGUUUAUUAGAGUACCAACAAGGAGAACAUGAGACACCUUUGCAGAAUUUGGAGUUUCUGACUGUGUCAAAUCCUAUUUCUUCUGGACAGGCCAGUAAAAGUCCCGACUUAACAAUUAAACAAUGCAAAACAUACUUAAUGUCACCCAAAGCUGAGGAGGACAGUGAUGACCCAUUAUUAGCAUUUGAAAUUGGGGACAGUGUGUUAGUAAAGCAGACCUAGCCUGGAACUCUCAUGUUCAAAGGAUGGACUAACUUUGAUAGCGGCCAUUGGGCUGGUGUCGCACUGGACAAAGCUCAAGGCGAUAAUUCUGGAACUUGCAACGGGGUGAAGUAUUUUGCGUGUCCUCCGCACUGUGGUGUUUUUGUCAGACCUGAGGAGGUUUCACACCUGUUGGUGGCUGAUGAAAAUGGUCCCAAUUACCUUGGUGAUGAAGACUCCGAUUCCUAUGAUGAUGAAUGUUUCAAAGGAGACCGCACAUACCCUGAAGAUGAUGAGCAGGGAGGAGGGUUUGCAGAGCCGAAAGCAGAGGACACGAACGGUGCAGGAGGAUCAGAA